AUGAAGAGUAAGGUCUUUGUGGGAGGAGUUAAUGAAGGGAGGAAGCAACAAAUAGCAGAUGAUUUUAACUUUCCAUUAUCAAAGAUGCCUGACAAGUAUCUAGGGGUUAUUCUGCAACCAGGUGAAUCAGAUACUAGAAAAGCAAUAACACUAAAAUGGGAUAAAGUGUGUGUUCCUCUUGAGGAAGGUGGUUUGGGUAUUAAAAGGUUGGAAAUUGUGAACAAAUCUUUUCUUAUGAAAUUGUUAUGGAAACUACUUGAAUCAGAAGCUGAAUGGGCUGUGUUUAUGAGAGCAAAAUAUUUUACAGAUAAUGGUGAACUGAAGACAAGUUAUAAGAAAUCAUCAAUCUUGCCUGGUCUUAAAUGGCUUGAAGAGUUACCAAUUUUAUCAACAGGAGAAGAUAAAAGAAUCUGGUCUGGUACUAUGACUGGUGAAUUUACUGUAAAGUCAGCAGUAGAAUGCAUUAGAACUCACUAUGAUAAAAAGGGGAGAGGUUACAAUCUUGCUUCAAAGUGUUAUAUGUAUGCAAAUGAUUCUGAAAAUUUGGAACACAUCUUAUGGAACUGCAAUUUCAGUCAAAUAAUCCGGAAGUGGUUGGGGAGCAUGUUCUUGUUCUUAAAUCCUCAAUCUUAUGAAGAUGUAAUGACUUUAACUGGAUCAAAAAGCAGUGCAGUUCAGGAAGUAUGGAUUUUGUCAGCAUCAAUAACAAUGAUGGAGAUGUGGUUCCUAAGAAAUAAGAUUGCUUUUGAAGAAAUAAGACCUGAUAUUGGUACUCUCAAGAGAAAAAUCUUAAAAUUCACAAAAGACAAUGAACUGAGAAUUACAGGCAAAAUGUGGGAUUGUAGCUAUGACUUCCAAGUUUUCAGAAAUUUUGAUUUGAAGAAUAGACCAGUGAGAAGGUUGCAGAAAAUGGAAUUAAAGUUUGAACUACCUUGUAGAAAUCAAAUAAUGGUUUGUUGUGUGGGUGUUUCAAGGGGUAACCCAGGUGUUGCUGGUAUUGGCUUUAUCACUAGAAAUCAUGAAGGAUAUUUCUAUUUUGCUGAAGUAAGGGGGUUAGGGAUUGCUACUACCUUCAUAGCUGAACUCAUGGCAGUUAUGUGUGAUACAGAAUGGGAUACUAAAAAUGGGGUUCAAGACUUAAUCAUCAAAUCUGGUUCAAAAGCAGCUGUAACAUCUUUCUUGACAGGUAAAAUGCCUUGGUUCUUAAACUCCAGAUGGAAAAGAAUAAAGAAUUCCUCAUUACAAAUGAAGUUUGUUCAUUGUUAUAAGGAAGUAAAUUUCACAGCCAAUGCACUGGAAAAAAGGGGUGCUGGAUUGAAUAAGGGAGAGAGUCAGCAAUACUUGAUGAAGCCAUCUUUCUUAAAAGAUUUGGAAGUCCCAGGGAGAACAUACAUAAGAUCUUAUUGA